CGCCCCCCCCCGAAAACGACUCGCAGGACGCGCGACAUGCACGCGCAACUGUCAACGGCGCGCGACUGAAGUAGGCUACCAGAGAAACGCCGUUGUUGUUUUUUUGUUUGUUUGUUUGUGGAUAUGUGUAUAGUCAAACACAUUACACGCUGUUUGUUUCAUUAAAACGGUAAAAGUUUUAUUUGGAAAUGUUCUCUCGGAAGAGAAAGGAGUUGACUAAAACGCCUUCGGUUUCAAAGAAGUCUCAGUCAGGAAAUCCUGGAGCUCACUGCACCCCGCUCUCGGUUCUUCAGGAGCAGCCUCAGAGAGACACUAUCGAUGGUGCGUCCUCGCUGGCAGUGCCGGAUCUGGCGGUUCUGUCCUCAUGUCCCGGCACUCCCUCCAUCAUCCACAGUAAGCUCAUGGCAUCACCCACUGCCAACCUGAAGCGCUCUACAGGACUUAGCCGCCAUGCCAGCGCUGCAGGGUUUCCAUUUCAGACCGCCGGAGCCUGGGGCUUCAACAGGAACCAAGGGAAGUGUUUUGAGAGCACCGAGGGGACCGCCAUCGACGUAGAGGACAUCCCGCCUUUACUGAGGGACGUGGCACGCUUCGCAGAGGCUGUAGAGAAGCUCAAGGAUGUGGUGCUGUACGAAGAUAAGGAGUCUCGGAGGGCGGUAGCACACGAGCAUUUGGGGGAGGUGUUGCGCAUCCUGCGGCAGGUGAUCAGCACCUAUCCUUUACUCAACACCGUGGAGACACUCACCGCUGCUGGCCGGCUCAUCUCUCAGGUCAAAGGCUUCAGUUACGAAGGCAGAAAUGAGGCACAGAAGAAGGACUUUGAAAAAGCCAUCGAGACCAUCGCAGUCGCCUUCAGCAGCAAUGUAUCUGAGCUGCUGAUGGGUGAGGUGGACAGCAGUACCCUCCUGUCUGUGCCUCCCACUGAGAAGAGCAGGUCUAUGGAGAACCUGUCCGGACUACCCAUGGGACAGGGUGUGGAGGGAGGGAGCCGACGCAACCAUGAGGACUGUAUGAUGAGCCCGGAGCAGGUGGACAUCCUCCUGCAGCACAGUGAAGGAGGAGUGGAGUCAGCUUUGGGCUACGCAAAGGCCAUCGCCAAGUACAUGAAAGACAUCAUAAGCUACGUGGACAAGCGCAUUGUGCUCGAGAUGGAGUUCGCUAAAGGUAUUCAGAGGCUGUAUCAGUCAAGCAAGCAGAGCUUCACACAGAUCCCUAUGCCUUUGCUGUCGAUCUAUUCUCUGGCUCUGGAGCAGGACUUGGAGCAGAGUACGGGUGUGCAGCAGUCCAUAAACUCUGUGCUCACACACUCUUUUCUACAGCCUCUGAUGCAGCGUAAACAGGAACAUGAGAAGAAGCGUCGAGAGAUUAAAGAGCAGUGGCAGAGGGCCAAGAGGAAACUGGGAGACGCCGAGAACAACCUGCGUAAAGCGCGCCAGCUGUACCUGACCCGCUGCGAGGAAUACGAAAAGGCACGGAACGUGGCCAAUAAGGUGGAGGAAGAACACUGCGGAACAGGAAGCGGCUCCACCCACAAGACUCUGGACAGGAAGAGACGACACGAAGAGGAGGCCCGCAACAAGGCCGAGGAGGCUGAGGCCACAUACCGCACAUGCAUUGCUGAUGCCACCACUCAGCAGCAGGAGCUGGAAGACGUGAAGGUGAACGUGCUGAAACAGAUCCAGGACGUCAUCAGACAGAGUGACCAGAUACUGCGCGCAUGCACCAUAUCGUACUACCAGAUCCUGCACAUGCAGACGGCGGCGUUGCCCGUGCAUUACCAGACACUGUGCGAGAGCUGUAAGCUUUACGAUCCUGGCCAGCAGUAUGCUGCACACGUCAAAAACCUGCAGCUCAGCACGGAGCGGGUCACAGUGUUCCAGUUCGAGCCGUACUCCGCCUCAGGCACACAUCCUGUUCGCACCCGUCAUGAUAGCAUCACUGACGACCAGCAGCACAGCAACACGGAGACCCCACACACCAACGAGCUGGUGGUGUCUGCAGAAGGGGGCGUGGUCAAGACCAGAAGAGAUCGAGCUCAACAGGCCCAUAAGUCCUGGCCCUCGAUGAUGAGUGACACAGACAGUGUAGGAGGAGGAAGUGGACUGGGUUCUCCUACCACCAGCUCAGGAGAUGUCUCAAAGGCUCCAAGACCGGUAUCAGCUGGAACCUUGUCUUCCAACGAGGACAUCGAGGAGAAUGAUGGCAAUGUGACAUCUUUUGAACAAAGUAUGAAUGGGAUUGAACCAGAGAUGACUGUGUCCACCGGGCCGUUUCGAAACGUGGGUCUAUCCAGAGCUGCCAAGACACACCGUCUACGGAAACUCCGCACGCCGUCCAAGUGCCGCGAAUGUGACAGCUAUGUGUACUUUCAGGGAGCAGAGUGUGAGGAGUGUUUUCUGGCCUGCCAUAAGAAGUGUCUGGAGUCCCUGGCUAUCCAGUGUGGCCACAAAAAGCUGCAGGGUCGACUACAGCUGUUCGGCCGAGAUUUCUCCCAGGUGCUGCAGGGCGACUCGGAGGGAGUACCCUUCAUCAUCAAGAAGUGCAUCCAGGAGAUCGAGAGGAGAGCGCUCAGGAUGAAGGGAAUAUACCGUGUAAAUGGAGUGAAGACACGUGUGGAGAAGCUGUGUCAGGCGUUUGAGAACGGCAAAGAGCUGGUGGAACUUUCUCAAGCGUCUCCACACGAUAUCAGCAACGUACUCAAACUCUACCUGCGACAGCUGCCUGAGCCCAUUAUGCCGUUCCGCAUGUAUAACGAGCUAAUGGGGCUGGCGAAGGAGAGUCUGCACGCCGAGGGCCCAGACAGAGGAGACAGUGCGAAAGGUCCUGAGCUGCUGGAUCAGGGAGCGGAGACCGACCCCAAGGUGCUCAACCUGGUAGAGAAACUCCGAGAACUGCUGAAAGAUCUCCCACCAGGCAACACCGCCACACUGAAAUACAUCGUACGACACCUGUGCAGAGUGGCUGAGUUAGAGGACGAUAACAAGAUGAGCUUCAGUAAUCUGGGCAUUGUGUUUGGACCGACCCUGAUGAGACCCAAACCCACAGGCGCCACCAUUUCCCUCUCCUCCCUGGUGGACUACCCUCACCAGGCCCGCAUCGUGGAGGCCCUCCUUGUCUUCAAAGAUCACAUCUUCAUCCCUUCAGACUCUCGGCCCACAUCCUCAACCUCCCUGAUCUUCACCAUCCAGAGCCAGGAGAGUACUGAUGGAGCUCAGGAGGUGGAGGAGGAGCAGAGCAGACUGAUCUCAGAGCAGGACUGUGUUAACUCUCUGGGUUCGUCCGGUUCCCGCGAGCGCUCUCUGGACUCGGACUCCGAUGGGGAGGACAUGGAGAAGGUGAGUAAACGCCGCAUUCUGGUAAGCCAGGAGAGCGAGACCAGCACGGAGGAUGACCAGCUAAGCCCCCGAGUGAGUCUGGAUCUGAGCGCAGUCGUCCCAGAGACCAUCCUCGAGCAGCCCAAUAAGACAGAUGACUUCAGUGGAGCAAGUGCAGAAGAGCUGGUAGACCAGUAGAGAUCAGAAACAUCAGUUCAUCCAUCCAUCCAUUUUCAGUCUGUAAUACUACUACGGUAGCUUUUGUUUUGGUUACUCUCAGCUGAAUCAGCGCACUCAUAAAAGUCUAAUGCACUGAAAAAUUCUUUUAAUCUUCUAACAGUUAUAUUUGUGAGACGGUGGAAAGUUAGGUCGUGUAUAUGACGGUGAUGUUUUAUACUCAUCCUUUCUAUUUGAAUGUUUUUAGGCACACUUCUCUUCUAUAAGGAGUGAAGGGAACAGAAAUGAUUUGAUAAAAGUGUUGGUAAGAAUGCAAGUGUGAAUUUAAGAAAGAUCGCGAUAAACAGUCUCGUGACCUUGUGAAAAAAAAUCUCGCGAGAUCUCUAAAACACUUAUUCCAUGUGUUCAGUUUUCCAACACUUUGCACAUCAUGAAAAGGGAAAAAAUGAAACAUGAUGAGCAUUAGAGGCUGCAUUAGUCCAUACAACUACUGAAUUUCCACACCCUUUUUCAGGUCUGGGAAAGAGUGCCACGAUAUCCCACUCUUUACCGUCAUUAUUUUCUAUUAAUCUCCUAAGUGGGGCUGGGCGAUAUGACAAAAAUAUCAUAUCGCGAUACUUCACCAUAACAACGAUCUCUGAAAAUUAAUUUAUCAUGUUGUCAAUAUUAUAUAUCGAUAUAUCGCUCAGCCCCACUCCAACGCUACAGUAAACAAGCAGGAACUCCAUGCACAAAGGUGGAAGUGACCAAAUAUUCUAUGAUUUUAAAAAAAGCUUGUAUUCAAAUGUAAAUGAAGUAACUGGGGCAUUAGACUGUCGUCAGUGUGAUUUCGUAAACGUUUAUUAUUUCAUCGAGUCAUUUCUAUGCAUUGGCCACUAGGUGCUGGUGUUAUAUAUUCGGGUUGUCAAAGUUGUCCGUCCUGAAGACUUUCCCCAAAAAUAUAUAUAUAUGUAUGU